AUGUCCAAUCUAGCCAAAAUUCCUUGCAGUCAAAGCGACUGGAAAACGAUCGACAUUUUUGUAUUCAACAACGGACAAGAAUUUACGCCACCCAGGAAAUAUCAUCUCCAAAGCGAUGAUCUAAGCUGGUGGAAUACUACGUUGAAGUAUUUAGCUAAAUCACAGUAUGGAUCUUUAUAUUCAAUGAUUGAUUUGUACACGGUAAAAGGAGAGAAAAUAGAAAACCCACUGCGACUAUCCAAUGGAGCUGCUUAUGUUGCUGUGAAGCCAAGAGACUCGUUUGUAGAUACUGGUUAUGAAAAAUAUCUAGUUAAAGCAUCGAGGUCCUGGGAAAAAAGUCAGGCAAGAAGAAAUGGUCGUAUUGAAAAAAAAACAGAUAUAGUUCAACUUAUUAUUUUUACAGAAAAUUAUAUUUCAAAUGACCUCUGUGAAGAACGGAAGAUUGACUCUGACCAGAACGUCAAAAUAAUAAACGAUAGUAAAUACACAACAAAGGUUUAUCUAAAUAACUUAAAAAAUGGAACCAAUACAGGGAAACCAAAUCAAAAUAAAAUAAUAAUGAAGUUAAAACGGGCAAAUCCAGCAUCACGUUUAUUAGCUAAAAAUAACAGUGUAAAUAACAAAAGAGAUGUUUUAAAUAUAUUGAAAAGAAACUCUAAGUUGCCCAUACAAUCCUUUGAAAGGGGUUUCAUACUGGCUAAUUGUAAUAAGAAUCAGGUAAACAAAUUAGGAGCAAUUAAAAACCUCGACAAAAAUAAAGCUGCCGAAGUACCUAUAAUUGACCACAUGUCUACUCAAGAUAAAACUACGUCUACAACACAAUUAAUGAAUAUUAGUAACAAGAGCUUGAUGACAGACGACAAUUUAGCAAAUGAAGAAUAUAACAUUGGAAAAAACAAAUCACAAAAUUUUAACAACAAUAAAAACUUCCAAAUACCAUCUGGACUUGAAAUCGAUAAAGAAGAAAAUGUUGAACACCAUGGAAAAACAAUGGAAAAAUGUAACAGCUUAAAUACAUCAAAUGGCCAAUCGUAUAAAGAAGCUAUUACAGAUCUUAAAGUGGCAUCUACUAGUCUUAUUCUCAGAAAGCCCGACCUUCCUAAUCACAAAUCUAGUAUAGAGAGUGUUAAUGCAGAUUACAAGCCAAAUAUUGAGUAUGUAACUAACGACCCUAGAGCCAAUUUGGAGCCCCUUGAACGUAAAUGUUUAUCGAACAAUCCAACAGCAGUUAUAGAGCAAGGUUCCCAAACUAAUCUGAAUGCAAUUAUUUUUCAAGACACACCGAAAGCUAAUAUGAAUGUUGAAAAAGUAUUAACAGAACAUAAUUCCCAUUUUGUUGUUUGUGAAUAUAUCCUUGCUGUUCCACAGAACUCGAAUGCUUGUUUUUGUGGCAAUAACAAGAAGUAUAUUAUUCUAUUGCCGAGGAAUAAAAAUUUUACUGAAUGUCAAUCUAACAUCUAUGAAGAAUCUCAACAAACUAUGCCAGCCAAAAACUCAGUACAAAAUUUAAAUGAUCUUAAAAAUAAUGAAACAAGCAUACAUCAAAUAAACAUUACUGAGCCCAAAAAUGAAGAUAUACCUACAGAAGAUACACAAGUGAUCAAACAGAAUAACAAAUCAUCUGUAUCUAUUAAUAAUGAAAUACAUUUUAAGGAUACAACCAUGACCGACAAACAUAUUUUUCAAAAUCCUUUAAGUAUAUGUACACAAACUCAAUGGUGUGGUGUAUUGUUGGAAUCUAAAUGUCACGAAGACGGACGAUAUUCAUUACAUUUUCCUGCUUUGGACAUUAUAAAGCGCUUUACAAAUAAAACAUAA